UCUACAGGGGUGUCACGUGAUCGACAUCACUUUUUCUCCAAGGCAGCGAUUGCGCUAGUGGGCAAGCUCCUGGUCCUUGAUUCCCGAUCGAAAAACCUCAUAUCAUUCACCAUCACCACUCCGACAACGUCAAUUGAGCAUCCGCAAUCCAUCGGACAAAAUGCUCGUCCAACUUAGAGCCUCGACUGCUCGAUCGGCCGCAUCGGCCAUCUCCCGCGUGGCGAGGGUAAACGCCGUCAGAGGCUUCAUUGCACCCACUGUGUCGCGACGAGCCGACUUCGUCCAAGAGCUCUACCUCAAGGAACUGAAAGCCUACAAGCCCAACCCGAUCAAGGACUCGGACAGCGUGGGCCAAGUGCAGACCUUCACCGCCCCCAAGACCCCCAAGUCUCCCGAGGAGACCGAUCUCGCCAAUAGCCUGAAGGAGUACGAGAGCAUGGCCGUCGAGGUUGAGGGACAGGACGCCGCCACUUCGUCUUCCACCCCCGCUGUCGUUGAGGACUGGCUUGUUGAAGAGGAAGAAGAGGAGGGUGCCCACCACUGAACGAGCGAAUAUCGAGCAAGCGGGUUUAGGAAGCCUUGGACUCGGAAGGUCCUUUUUUGGUUCAAUGGUUAAGGUCACUUUUCCGUGACGGGGAAGCAAAACAACAUCACACUGCUACGAUGUGUGACUGAGAUGGGCGAAUAUGAGAGGAGUAAUCCCGUGUAUAUGUACUCUAGGAUCGCUGUCGCUGAAUCAACAAGAUCCUGGUUCCGGUCAUUCAAUAGCUCGUACACCAGUGUCACCAAUGCAUCAAUCUUCGAGACGUCAUAUCAUAUCACCCCGAUUGAGAAGUAUAAGCAUAGCUCGAAGUAUAGCUACGUCGUAACACAGAACGUGGGAUCCCAGUUAUACAUAGUAGUCCGUUUCAAGACACCAGUGAAAAACUCUGAAUAUUCCGCAGAGCUUGGGGACGCGAGAUGAACAACGAGGACCUCAUCCCCGCUUCAAGGUCCU